GUAAGUUUCAGAAUAGAGUCUAUAGACUCGCUGUUUUGCAGGUAAUAUUAAAACCCUCCCCUCUGCUCUCGGGGUUUUGGCUCUCUCUCUCCGCCGCCGUUCCGAUGGCGAUCGCGGCCGUGGCCCGAUCCCUCGCCUCCUCCUCGUCCUCCUCCUCCCGUUCCCACCUCACUCUCUUUUUCUCCAAGCGCUUCUUCCUCUCCUCCUCCCACCCUGCCGUCGUCCGCCCCUCCCAAUUCGCGGGCCUCGGCGGGCUCUGCCCCUCGCCCUCCCCGACCGUCGGCCUCGCGGUGCCGGAUGCUUUCGGGGUUAACUCGAUCCGGCGCAUGGCCAGCGACUCGGCGUACUCGCGGCUGAACUCCGGGUGGGGCGGCGGCUUCAGCGACCAGCCGUCGACGACGGAGAGCGCAGAUGAGUUUGAAAGGCGUUUGUUUGGUGAUACAGACAAUAGUCCGAAUACCGAUUCCUUCUAUCGGAAGCUUGAUAAAAUAGAAAAGGCUCAUGGGAGAUCCAAUGUUGGUUCCAAGAUGCAUGACGGUGGUCCUUCCCAAUUUUUAGAUGGUCUAGGCCAGAGUUUUGAUACACUGUCAGAUGGUAUGGAUGAGAAGCUGAAGAAAGCUGCUCGUACGUUUGUCUAUAGCGAUGAGAUCCAUAAUGAAGAUUAUUCGUUCAGACCAGAUGUGAAAUUUUUACCUGGGAUGAAUUAUACUCCUAGAGAUCUUGAUCUGACAAAACCUGGGGUCCCGAAAAGUUCUAAAAGAACUGAGUUUCAAACCACUACGAAGGAGGUUCUAAGGAAAGCUGAUUUCAGGAAUGUGAGAUUCCUGUCCAACUUUAUUACCGAAGCAGGAAUUAUCAUCAAGAGAAGUCAGACUCGUAUAAGUGCCAAAGCUCAGAGAAAGGUUGCAAGGGAGAUCAAAACAGCACGAGCUUUUGGGCUGAUGCCUUUCACUACCAUGGGCACAAAGCAAUUUGCAUUUGGGAGAAACAUGAAAGAUAAUGAUGAAGAUUAUGAAUUUGCUACAUAUGAUGGUGGUAUGGGUGAUGCUACUGCCGAGCCAUCUGAAGGUGGCUGAUUUAGUUCAAGAUAAACUUAUUUAGGGGCUGCAGCAUCACCAUUGUUAAAGAAAGGCUGGUUUACACUAACCAUUUUGAUCAUCUUUGAUGGACGCUACUCUGUAUGGAUGCUCUAGGCAUGCACUCCUUGAAAGCUGUAUGCGCUUCCAGUGCAAGAUGUUUAGAAUGUGGCCUCCUGUUGUAUUUUAAAUGAUUACUACUAUAGUGGUUGCCGUAACUUUGCUACAGAGUACUCUUAGGCUUUGUUUUGAAACAGAAUAAACAAAUGGAAGUAGCCAUGUACCAAAAAAUUCGGAAGUAGCUUGGUUAACUGAAGUAAUUUUAAGCCAAAAGAGUGGGUUGAGUUAGUGUUAUUCCAUUGGAGUAUGUUUUUCCUGGAUCUUGGGGCGUAAGAUAGGAUAUUUAUGAUGUAUUGAUUUUUUUGAAAAACCAAUUCUGUCCUUAUGAAAUAGUGAUUUAUUUUAUUUGUUUAAA